AUGGACAUUGAAUCUUCCUUCAUCAAGAUGCUUAUGGAGCUUGGGGGGGAACUUACUCCAAUGCGCAGCAACUACAACAUGUUGGAUACUAUUGAGGUAUCCCAACCCAAAGCCGAGGAAACUCAACCACCUAAUGACCCCCUGACCCUGCACCUUAUCAUAAAGCAAGCCUCCCCAGAUUCCAGCCCUAUGAAAUCACUGCCUCAUAAACCAACAACUAGGAAAACCAAGAAAAUCACGGUGGAAGUUAAAGAAGAUGAUCAUAUUGUACCCAAGAAGAAGGUCAAGGCUAGAGGGAAGAAGAAAAAAGUUGUGAAUUUUUAG